AUGGAAACAGGAGAAGCAAGGCAUGCCCAACAAUGUCAUUGUGGGAAGUUAACACGGAUGCAGACUUCGUGGACCACUUCAAAACCAAGGCGGAGAUUUCUAGUCUGCCCAAAGACAAAGUGGUUUGAUGCAGAAAUGUGUGAGCGUUCGAAGUCUUUGAUACCUGGUUUGCUAAGGAAGAUUGAUAGGGUGGAAAAGGAAAAUGCAAAGAUUCGUGCAAAGUCAAGAAUAUUGUGGCCUAGGGGUUGGUUGCGUGGAGUCGAGCGGGACGAAAGGCCUGAUCGGGCUAGCGCUGGCUCAGGCUAUGCUAGCAACAUGUGA